CUCUAUUAAUCUCUAUGGAAUGUCUCCUGUCAACAGAAGCUUCCAAACACUGAAAGUCUCAAUCAGCCCUGGCCCGCCCAGUGGCGUGUAUAUCCUGUGGUAGCGCCGCCCACACCUACUUCUUUCAGAGCCCCCAUAGCUUUGUGGCCAAGUAAAUGCCGCUAUGACUUGCUUACUAAGUACUACUAGGUGUUUGUAAGGUAUUUGUGAUUAUUUUGGAUUUACAGCUUUUAAGAACCCAUUAUUGUCUCUUUUACUGUGGGAACUGGAAUAUCCAUCUUACCAGUUUACCCUUUACCUUGCAUCUGGGAGUGCUAUGCUUUUGCCACAAACUUUUCCUCAUCUUAAUUCUCUCAAGAAUUCAGGGUUCAUAAGAUUCUCCAAUGGCAUGAUCUAUUAUAGCUGGGAAUAUCUGAAAUAAAUUAUUAUUACAAUAAUGGUUUCCUUGCAGCAAAACUAAGUAACAGAACCAACAAAAGUUGGCCUAGGUGUGUUUUUUAAACAUAAAAUGCUUGCUGCAAUAUGCCAGUAAAGGUGUCCCUCAGCCAAACGCUCAGAUGCAAAGAUUGGAUUGCUGUGCACUAGAUCCUCUCCAUACCGAGAGGAAAAGUGUAAAAAGUUCCUUCAGGCAAUAAAACAUACUAGAGGAGGUGUCUCUGAUUCUGAGCACAACCUUGAUAUGCCUUGUAUGAAGGAUAUUAAGGAGGAAGCUUAUGAUUCCAAUGACACUGCUAACAAGAGCCAAGAAACAAGAUUCCAUGAGUCAGAAAAAGAAUGCCAAAACCACAAUUCAGUUCAGCAGUCAAAAACACAUGAAACCUCUGAAGCACCAGCAUACCCAAGGAAAAACUUGAAUGAAAAUCUUCCUAGCAGCUCAGCCCUUCUGGUUACCACUGCAGAAGAAAAUAUAUUUGAAAUUUCAGAAGAGGUAUCCAGCACACGAACCUCCAGAGCUUCUGAUCCCAAAAAUCUCAAGAAUAUCUUAGGAGAUAUUGACAAAUGCAAGCAAGAGUUGGCAAACAUUAAAAGUUCUAUUAUAGCUUUAGAAAGCACACUCGAGACCAUAUGUAAAAAUGUUUGCAAUGUUUGUGAAUAUUUUUUUUCUAAUGCUCAGGUUUAAAAAUAUAAAAAUAU